AUGUCUUAUCCUCAGUGCGAUAGCUACUUUGUGGAAACGCACGACAAUGGUUACUACGCAGCACAAGCGGAAAGCAGGGAACGAACCAAACUUGUCAACCGAGCACGGCAAAAUGGGAUCGCAGCUGAGCUGUCGAAAAUAGCGAGCGAAGAGUACAAGGACGAUGUCCUGGAACACAUGGAGCAGAUGGAGGCCGAGACACUUCCAGAUGUCGCCUCUAUAGACAUUCAAACCGAAAUCCAGUGGUUCAUGCGACCGUACCUGCUCGAUUUCUUGAUUGAGGCUCACUCGGCUUUUCAGCUUUUGCCGGAGACACUGUUCCUCGCCAUUAACCUUCUGGACCGCUACUGUUCGAAACGGGUUGUUUACAAGCGUCACUACCAGCUAGUCGGCUGUGCUUCACUGCUUGUCGCUGCCAAGUAUGGUGAUCGCAAGGACCGAAUUCCGACCAUAUCAGAACUCAAGUCUAUUUGCUGCUCACUUUACGAUGACGAUAUGUUCAUACAGAUGGAGUGGCAUGUCCUGCAAACCCUCAACUGGAUCAUUGGUCAUCCUACUGUGGACAACUUUAUCCAACUUCUGCUUUCCGAAUCCACCUAUGAUCCCGAAGUCGAGCAUAUGACCCGCUACAUUUGCGAGAUUUCCCUGUUCCACAAGGAAUUUGUCUCUAUUCGACCGUCAGUCUUGGCCAGAUCUGCGUUGGCACUGGCGAGGUGCAUCCUGGGUCGUGUGCAGCCUCAUCAGUCUGAAUGGGCAGGACAAUACGAUUCUCUUACCGUCGUUACCCUUUCUCAACAACUGCACCGACCAACCACUGUGCUCGCUAGAAAGUACGCCUCAUCUCACCUAUCCCACGUGUCCAGGAUUAUGGAAGAGUUUUUACUGCGGCAAGCCUCCAUUGCCAAGCGCUAUGCGCCGCCUACGCCCCAGUGCGAGACGCCAAGCGAGCAGAAGUUGGAGCUUUUGGGUGAAUUCGGUCCCCAUACGCCUGAGAAGGGUCAUUAUCCCUUGUCGAUGCCCAGUGGUUACAUGACUCCCCCUAUUACCCCCAAUGGCGGCAAUUUCGAAGCUUCGCAACACGAAAAAGCCUACGGACCAGGACGUCGUACGGCGUCUCCGCAACAGACUGUCCAUCAACCUCAGCAAUACACGGAGUACACGUACCAGCAAAGCGCUUGGUAG